AUGUACUCUACUCAGGUAGCGCAACCUAAUCAUGGAAUUAUGUUCCAUUUGUACAGGGAAGGGAGAAUUAGUGUACACACCAGACAAGUCCUGAUGACAGAGGCAAGCUCCUUGUCUAUUCUCACCACCGAUGUAGCAAAGAUGAAUGAGACACAAGUACAGAACAGGACUGCCAGAGAUGGUAACGACGCUGUGGUCUUGGCCUGCGCUAUUAUGCCUGUCGCCAUUUUGGGACUAGUUGGCAAUGGAAUCGUUUUCUGGUUUCUCUGCUGUCGAAUCAAAAGGACUAAAUAUACUGUAUAUGUACUGAAUCUGGCUGUUGCUGAUUUCACUGUGCUCUUCUGUUACUUCUUAAGCUUUAUUUUCAGCUUCGUGAUAUGGAAAAUGUUGGCUUUCGAUUUGUAUCUGUUUUUUGUGAUAGACAUCUUGACUCUUUUUAGCUACAACAGCAGUUUUUUCCUGUUGACAGCCAUUAGUGUUGAGAGACAUCUAGGUGCCUUUUACCCAUUCUGGUACCAUUUUAAUCGGCCAAAACAUCUCUCAGCCAUCUUAUGUGCUUUCCUGUGGGUUCUCUCUUUUGCAGUAACUGGGGUGGAAUAUUCUACUUGUUGGGCAUUCCUUUUCGUGUUUUCAAGUGAAAGCCAAGGCAACUAUCCUGCUGAAAAGAUAUUCCUCACCACCAUUUUCCUGAUUUUCAUUCCAGUCAUGAUCCUCUGCAGUUCGAGUUUGCUUGUGAAGAUAUGCAGAAAUUCACAGCCAAAGUCUCCACCGCGCCUUUAUGUCACCAUUAUUAUCACUGUUGUUCUGUUCCUCAUCUUUGCCUUGCCAUUUAGGUUGCUCUCUCUAAUAAGAUACUGGCAUCCAUCAGAGCAAAUAAGCUGGAUUGCCCUGUUUUAUUCUACCUUUCUUAACUUCAUCAACAGCAGCGUAAAUCCUUUUGUUUAUUUUCUUGUUGGAAGGAAGAAACAGCAAACAUCUAAGGAAGCACUCCAUUUGGUGAUUUAUAGAUCCUGCAGAGAUGAGGACGAUGUGGAGGCCUGGGAACACAUGAGAACAAGGAUGUCUGAAACCUUGUCUCAGUAA